AUGAGCGGCACCAAGUACGCUGACCUGCCCGACAUUGACACCGCUCCAGAUAUCUAUGAGACGGAGGACACCUUUCCCCGAUCUCAGACCACGAACGCAGACUCUAGUGACGAUGAAUCUGCCAUUCCGACGCGAUCUGCCAAAUACAAAGCCGAUGCGAAUGGUCGCGAAGAGUUGGACCUUAGCAACCUCAUGGGCACAGAAGAAGCAAGCAGAAAGUUUCAGAAAGCAGAGAAGAAACGACUGCGCACGAGAACACAAUACGCGUAUCCUCCUUCACCUAAUUCCCCAUCUUCUCCAAGCCACUCCUCCGGGGCAUUGCGGCCAGUACCCUUAUCACAUCGACUACGCUCUCUGGAAAGUGAACUUGCGGCUUUGGAGAACGAAUUGGCUGAUCCCGCAAACCCGUUGAUCCAAAAGGAGCGCGAAGAAGAUAAUGUUGAUCCAGGAGAGCUCAUAAGAGGACUAGUCGACGUUCGAACGAGAUUGGAGAAGAUAAAGAAGGGGAAAGAAGGCAGAGCUCGCCUAGUCGGCGCGGUUAUCGACGUCGACACGAUUCCAAAGGAUGUUCCCCGAACAAGGGACGAAGAGCCAGGGUUGAAACUGACGGAAUCAACUGUCAAUGCCGCUCCUAAAUCAGAAAUACAAAUCAUGGUCGACGUUGACCAACGAGUUGGACAGCUUGAGCACCUUAGUGCCGUCUCAUGCUUCUUUAUACAGACAAACCCUCUCCCAACCCCCCUCUUGCCCCUAAUUACGCGACUCAAUAACCAGCUUACGAUUCUUACUCAACCACGGCAUAUUGACUCGAUUUCGCGUAGGCUCAAGCUCCUGCUCUCGGAUCUUGAUCGGGCCUCUGCUGCCCAACAUCAGGCACACCGGCGGCAUCCAUCGCAAAGCAACGGGGCUCCUCAACCUCCGGGGUUACAAGAGCAGCUCCUCCCUCUCGUCUCACGGCUAGGACCGCUUCUACCUCACAUCCCUCACAUUCUUGCCCGUUUACGAACUUUGUCAACACUACACUCCUCUGCUGCAGGGUUUCAGAAUUCUCUGGAAGAUCUGGAAGAGGAGCAAAAGAAGACACGAAAUGGCCUAUUGGAACUGGAAAAGGCCGUUCAAACAGUGGAAGCCAGCCUCAAUGAGAAUAAGGAAGUCGUUAAAAAUAAUGUUACUGGGUUGGAAGGCAGAAUCAACCUACUUCUUGAACGAUUGGAGGAUUUACGAACCGAGCAAAGUAACUAG